UCACAUUUUGAGUUGGAGUAAAAUAGAGUAAACGGGCCAAAGUGUAGUAUAAGCAAAGAAUGAUUGGGCCGGGUCGGAAGUAUCCAUAACAGUACAAAAGUUGAUCGGUAACCCUAGCGUAGGAAAAGGAAAAUUGGAAGAAAAGAAUCCUAUAUAAUCCGGCGCCGGUGUUAUCUUUCAACUGAAACGCUAUCGUGAAGACUGAGUUCAGUUAUUGAUCGUUUAAUUGCGAUAGCAAUUGCAGAUUAAGAGAAGAUGAGAGGAAGAAGCUACACUCCAUCACCUCCACCACGUUACAACAGAAGAGGAGGAGGAGGAGGAAGAAGAAGUCCUAGUCCGCGUGGUCGUUACGCGCCUCGUGAAAGAGAUCUACCUACCAGUCUUCUUGUUCGUAACCUUCGCCAUGACUGUAGACCUGAAGAUCUUCGUAGACCUUUUGGUCAAUUUGGUCCUCUUAAGGAUAUUUAUCUCCCUAAGGAUUAUUACACUGGGCAACCUCGUGGUUUUGGUUUUGUCCAAUUUGUCGAUCCUGCUGAUGCUGCCGAUGCUAAAUAUCAUAUGGAUGGUUCAGUUCUUCUUGGAAGGGAGCUCACUGUUGUGUUUGCUGAGGAAAACAGAAAGAAGCCAACUGAGAUGAGGACCAGAGAAAGAAGUGGUCGAUCUUCUGACCGACGGAGGUCCCCCCAGCGUUAUUCUCGUUCACCCCGCUAUUCCCGAUCACCACCACGUCACAGAUCUCGAUAUGAUUCUCCUCCUCCUAAACGAAGGGAAUAUUCAAGAUCUGUAUCACCUGAGGAUAGAAGGCGCAGUAGAGAAAGAUCGUAUUCCCAGCACAGCAGAGAGAGGUCAUACUCACACUCUCCACCCAAUAAUGGAAAUGCGAGAAGCCGUAGUCCGAGUCCAGUGAAAGACCCAGGUCAGAGUAGAAGUCAAAGUCCAGUUCGCGAUGUCAGGGGAUCAAUUCACAGUAGGUCUCCCAGUCAGUGAAGAGAAUAAUUGGACAAUUAGAUGUUUGGUUUUGUUUGAAUAUUUAGCUAAUACUUGUAUUUGGUGUUUCAUCUGCUCUAAUACAAUGGAGUUGGAUCUUUUUUUUGUCAUUGUCAUGUCAUAUAUCAGAGUUGUUUGUUGCUUGACAAUUAAUUAAUUAAAUGUUAUAUUAGUGUUACCAGGAUAUUGAUUUGGAAAUGAAAAAGUUGCAAGACUAUUUCCCCCUA